UUACCACAGUUGACAGCACAGGGCUUUCCCAUCACAGAUACUACCUCUACCUGUCACCAAAUCUGAAAUUUUCCAAUCCUACUGUGUGUCUGUGUUUGUGUGUGUGUGUGUGUGUGUGUGUGUGUGUGCAGGGUGAGACGUCGGUCGCCAGUGCCACUAGCUGUCCAGUUUGGAACGAAGAGAUCUCCUUCAUUGAGCAGUUUCCUCCUCUGGCCCAGCGAAUCAGAGUCCAGAUCCUUGAUGAUGCCAAGAUGGGAGACAUCGCCCUGGCAACGCACUUCUUGGACCUGCAGCAAAUUUCUGAUCCCACCCGGAAUGGGUUUAACCCCACUUUUGGUCCAUCUUGGGUUAAUCUGUAUGGUUCUCCUCAGAACUCCACCCUUGGAGACGUCCACCAGGCUUUGAACCAGGGUCUGGGUGAAGGGAUCUUCUACCGCGGUCGGAUACUUCUCGCUCUCUGUGUGGAGGUUUACUCUUCUCCCUCUGCCGUCAGCGCGGACACAGGCUCUGUUGCCCUGGGAAAGAUGAAAGGAGCGCUGGGGAAGCUGGGACUGAGGAAGAAGAGGGGCAGCAAGAAGAAAGAGAAGAAGGAAGUGACUCCAGCUGCCACUGGACUGACCGACGACUCAGGGGAGGCAGGAGUUGAGGUACCAGAGGCGGUUACUGUGGAAACCGAGGAGAUCCACCCACUCCCUGAGGGUUUUGUGGGAGAGAAACAGGAGUUUCUGCUGUUUGCAUCUCUGUUUGAAGUUACCAUGAUGGAUCCAUCUGUAGGAACCAAACCGAUAAGCUUUGAACUCUCCAUAGGGAAUUAUGGGAAGGCGGUAGAGGUUCGGAGAUCCAAAAAGAGUCAGAGCCGGGAGGAUCUGAGGAGUAGCAAGGAGGAGCUGAGGAGGAGUAGGGAGGAUCUUACCGAGGAGGAGCAAGGUCUGCUGGAGUCGGAGGAGGAGCUGGACAGAGAGGAGGUGCAGAGUCCCGAACCUGAGAAAAGAUCUGUUUCUGCCGCCAUGAGACCCCAGCCCACUGAGUAUGACAGGUCAUUCCAGUGUAUUCCUCUCCAGGCCCCUGCAGUGAAAACCAAGCCUUGUUUGUUUAUCUGGAGUCAGUUUGAAGAUCACAGCUUUCGUCUCUAUCAGGCUAACUGGCUCACCAAGAUGGCUGACAGGCUGGAAAUCGGUCUUGAUGAGGUGGAACGUCUCCUGAGGAGGCCAAGGAGUAACGUGAAGGCGCGUCUGGUGGAGUUACUCCUGGAGCUGGUGGCCUCCUGCAAACAGUUCAGUCUUUUCUCAGACAGAAGGUCUCAGUCUCGUCCCAACAACCUGGACGCCCGCAGGAGAGAGUUCAUCAAGAAGAAUUUGGUCCUGGUGGCCAGACAGGCAGUGAGGGCCAGGCGGAGGAUCACCAGGCGGACGGCCAAACAGCGACUGAUUGAUAUCAGGAAACUCCUGAAGAAACUCCGCCUACUGGGUAAAGAGCCCCAGAAUACCAUCCCGGAUACGUUUCUAUGGUUACUGAGUGGAAGCAAGCGAUUGGCUUAUGUGAGGAUCCCCGCCUACUCCAUCCUGUUCUCAAUGGUGGAGGACCAGAGGGGGCGGGACUGUGGCCGAGUCACAACCCUCUAUAUGAAGUCUCCAGGAUGUGCAGCAAGUGAGAUCUUUGCGAAGCUGGAGGUCUACUUGUGGCUCGGUCUGGCCAAGUACAGUAAAGAGGCCAUCACUUCCCUUCCAGAGGAGUUCAUACCCGUCUAUGAGGAGGAGGAAGGGCAGAGGAGGCCAGUCGCUGUGGGGAUGAGGAAGCUUCCUGUCAGUCUGUCCUGCCAGGACAGCAGGUACUUCCAGCUACGAUGUCACCUGUACCAGGGGCGUGGCUUGAUAGCUGCUGAUGACGACGGCCUAUCAGAUCCCUUCGCCAAGGUCUUGUUCUCUACACAGUGCCAAGUCACCAGGGUGUUGUCUGACACUCUCUCUCCGGCCUGGUGUGAGUCUUUGUUGUUCGACAGAGUUCUGCUGGAGGGAACAAGGGAGGAUCUCCAACAAGAUCCGCCCCUCAUCAUCAUCAACUUCUAUGACUACGACGCCAUGGGCAGCCCGAAGCCUCUGGGUCGGGCAUUUGCCGAGCCGGAGUUGAAAACCGUGGAGCAGUUAUACCAGAAGCCCCGCCUCCGUUUCUAUGACAUCAGCAUGGGGAGCAUGCCUGCUGGCGAGCUUUUGGCUGCCUUUGAACUUAUCGAGCUAGACUACUCUGGGUUUGGAGAGCCCGGUCUCCCCAACAGUGUGGAACCUCAGGAGCUGACCUACCUGGAGGAGGAGAGAUAUUACAUCAUCCCAGAAGGAGUCCGACCUGUUCUGAGGACCUUCAGGAUUGAGGUGCUGUUCUGGGGUCUGCGGGACCUGAAGCGGGUGCAGCUGUUUGAGGUGGAGCGCCCCCUGGUGAGGGUGGAGUGUGCAGGACGACAACUGGAUUCUGAAGAGAUCGAGAACUACCAGACUAACCCUAACUUCAAAGAGCUUGUCCGCUACCUUGAUGUGGAGCUGCCAGAACAAGCCUACCUCCACCCUCCUCUGACGUUGUUUGUGGUGGAGCGUCGGGCAUUCGGUCGGGUCGCUCUGGUUGGGUCCCAUGUGGUCCAGAGCCUCAUGGACUAUGCCCCUCCUGAGCUGGGGGAGGAGCCAGAGGAGGAAGAGGAAGAGCCUAAACCAAAAGCGAAGCAGAGUCAGAUGAACAUCAACCCUCUGACGUCAGUGAAGAAUAUCAAACUCACCAGCCUGUCAAUCGCACAAACAAAGAUUCCUAUCAACCCCAUCAAGCUGGUUAAUGAUCCUUUGAAGAAGCUGAUGACAACGGGGGAAGAGCUGGAGGAGGAGGCGCCAGAGAAGGAGGAGCUGGACUGGUGGUCCAAAUACUACGCUUCACUGGAAGAGAUGGACAGACAGGCUGCUGAGGAGGAGGAGAAGAUGGAGGAACAAGCAGAGACAGAUGGGGGGAAUCUGACCAUGGCGAACAUCGAAGAGGAGGAGGAGGAAAUCGUGGUGGUGGAGAUUGAGCCCCCCAAACGCAAGAAGAUCGCCACACUAAAGCUGUAUGGAGGUGAUUUGGAGUCAGAGUUCAGUCAGUUUCAGGACUGGCUGCAGAUCUUCCCGCUGCACAAAGGCAGAGCGAGCGGGGAGGAUGACGAGGAGGAUGACGAAGAGAGACUGAUGGGCAAAUACAAGGGCUCCUUCCUGGUUUAUCCGAUUGAUUCAGGAGAUGAUGAAGAAGACAUCAAGUGUCAGAUCACCAAUGGGAUCCCCAAAAACUCACCCCUCAAAGUCUUGGUGCGAGUCUACAUCGUCAAGGCCACCACUCUGGCUCCCACGGACCCAAAUGGCAAAGCCGACCCAUACCUGGUGGUCCGAGUCGGACAGCAGACUCUGGACACCAAAGAGCGAUACAUCCCCAAACAACUCAACCCCACGUUUGGAGAGGUGUUUGAACUCACAGUGUCUUUCCCGCUGGAGACAGAGCUGGUUGUCAAGGUGAUGGACCAUGAUCUUGUGGGGUCUGAUGAUGUCAUUGGUGAGACACGGGUUGACCUGGAGAACCGGUUCUAUAGCCGUCACAGAGCCUGCUGCGGUCUGCCGAUUUACUACGACACUGACGGCUACAAUAUGUGGCGUGAUGUGAAGAAGCCGUCGGCCAUCCUGGCUGAGCUCUGCAAGAAGAACGGCAUCUCAUCUCCAGAGUACAGAACAUCUGAGGUCAAAGUUCUCAACAAGAUCUUUAAGAUCCCACCAGACGCAGUACCUGAAGAGCUGAUGAAGAAGAACCAGCGUUCUCCAGAAGAGGAGGAACAGAUAGAGGAGCAUGCAGCCCUGAGUGUGCUGCGGCGUUGGGGGGAGAUGAACGAGUUCCUCCCUGGAGCCAUUGAUCUUGUCCCAGAGCAUGUGGAGAUUCGGUCCCUGCUGAACCAGGACAAACUUGGACUGCCACAGGGUCAUCUUCAUAUGUGGGUGGACAUGUUUCCCACUGAUAUCCCGGCUCCGCCCCCUGUUGACAUCAAGCCCCGCCUGCCAGUACAGUAUGAGCUGCGUGUGAUCAUCUGGAACACGGAUGAUGUGUUUCUGGACGAUGUCAACCCUUUCACUGGCACCCCGUCGUCUGACAUCUACGUUAAAGGAUGGAUUAAAGGACUGGAAGGAGACAAACAGGAAACUGACGUCCACUUCAACUCUCUGACUGGAGAAGGAAACUUCAACUGGAGAUUUGUGUUCCGCUUUGACUACCUUCCUACUGAGAAAGAGGUAGUGUAUAAGAAGAAGGAGUCCAUCUUCUCUCUGGAGGAGUCAGAGUUUCGACAACCGUGCGUUCUGACGCUGCAGGUUUGGGACUACGACCGCAUCGCUGCCAACGACUUCCUGGGCUCCAUCGAGCUUCGUCUCAAUGACAUGGUGCGACCGGCAAAGUCGUCCGGUAAGGCUACAAUUCAGAUGGCGAUGGAUCGGGCCGGCCCUCGAAUCUCCAUCUUUCGCUCCAAGAAGAUGAAGGGCUGGUGGCCGCUGACCCGCCUGAAGACCGCCGAGGACUUUGAGAAGGAGGAGAAGGAGAAGGAGGAGGCUAAGAAGAAAGGCAAGAAGAAGAAGAAGAAGACCAAAGACAGGAGGGCGAAGAUGAGGCCGGAGGACAUCCAGUUCACUGACAGCGGUGGCAACACUUACCUGCUAAUGGGGAAAGUGGAGGUGGAGCUUCAGCUGGUGACAUUAGAGCAGGCGGAGGCCAACCCUGUGGGACGGGCCCGGAAGGAGCCGGAGCCUCUGGACAAACCAAAUCGUCCCACCACCAGCUUCAACUGGUUCGUCAACCCCUUGAAGACCUUCAUCUACCUCAUCUGGAAGAAGUACAAGAAGUACAUCAUCGCUCUGGUCAUCCUCGCCAUCCUCACGCUCUUCCUCGCCCUCAUCAUUUACACGCUACCGCAGCAAAUCUCCUCCCUCAUCGUCAAAGGAUGAAGAAACCUGCGGGUGCGGGGUGUCGUCAUCACCUCCUGCUGGAUGUCUCAGACUGUCUCAGGUUUCUGAUCCUGAACUUGAGCUUACGACUAGCUGAGGUCAUAUUUACUCCAACACGAGCUGGCUGAUGAGAGGAAUAAUCAGGGAUCAUCCACAGAGGAAAAUAUUGGACGCCUAUCACUGCAUAUUUAUGUCACAUAUUAAUAUAGUGCAAUAUAAAAAACGUUUCCUAAACAUAAACAUUGUAUACAAGUCUAAUUUUGUUGAUUGAAUAUAGUUGUAGUGGCAAAUUUUUAUUUUUAAGUAAAUAAGUAAGUAAAAUAAAUAAGUAAAUGUAUAUUUUUGUUUAAUUUUGCACUGACUCCGAACUGAAGUUGAUAUUCUAUUUGUACUAUAAUAUAUAUUCUCUUUGUAUUAUUUGUACCAGUUUCAUUCUUUCUUUUUUUUUUCAACUUAAUGAUCAAUCUGAAUGUUAGCUGCUG